AGAUUCGAGAAAGAGAGCCGUAGAACUCUCUGGAACCAUUGUGAUUCCUCCAAUUCUGCUUAUAAAUCACCAUCCUGCAGUUCCGAUUCGCACUAGUAGUAUCGAUCCGUUGAGUUUUCUUGCUUUCUCAAUCUGCAAUCACUCGAAAAUGUCGCUGAUUCCGAGCUUCUUCGGCCGCCGAUCAAACGUUUUCGAUCCUUUCUCUCUCGACGUUUGGGAUCCCUUCGAGGGCUGGCCGUUCAACAACAACAACAACUUGCGAUCACUCUCCGACCAGCUCCGCUCCGGCUUCCCCUCGGAGACAGCGUCGUUCGCCGGCGCGAACAUCGACUGGAAGGAGACGCCGACGGCGCACGUGUUCAAGGCGGACGUGCCGGGGCUGAGGAAGGAGGAGGUGAAGGUGGAGGUGGAGGACGGCCGGAUCCUCCAGAUCAGCGGUGAGAGGAACCGCGAGCAGGAGGAGAAGGGCGACACGUGGCACCGGGUGGAGCGCAGCAGCGGCAAGUUCCUCCGCCGCUUCCGGCUGCCGGAAAACGCCAAGGUCGAGCAGGUCAAGGCGGCGAUGGACAACGGCGUGCUCACCGUGACGGUGCCCAAGGAAGAGGCUAACAAGCCCGAUGUGAAGUCCAUUCAGAUCUCUGGUUGAUUUGCUCCUUUCCUUCCGUCGGAUAUCUACUAUCUAGGGUUUUGAAUUCCUCAUCAUCGUAGUUGUUGAAUGCUGAUGGUGUUUGGUUGUCUAUAUGUGUGGUCUUUGUGUAUCUAAUCUGGUGGCUGUGCCUUAAUGAGCGUGUCAGUGUCAACUCUCAAAUUUCUGUGCUUCGCCUAUAUAUAUGUAAAAUUGCCUGGUGGAAUCGAACUACAUUAGUGGUUUUCUGCAA